CUGAAAUGUUUCUAGAAAGUGUGAGGUUUUGUUCAGAGAAUUUUCUCGAUAUCUGUAGAUUGUUCCAUUUCUCUACGUUUUCAUAUAUAAAGCAGACGUAAACGUAGCAAAAAGCAAUCAUUUCAAAAAAGAUAACUGAACAAGAAAGAGCUCAGAAGAGUAACAAGUAAAAGAAAAUUCAAAGCGAAUCAAAAAGAUUUCAAAGUUUAAAAGUGAAAAAAAUUGUGAAAUUGAAUAAAAUAAAAUUUUGUGAAUUGAAAGUAAAAUAAAAAUAAAAUAAAAAUGCCAGCAAAACAGAAAACAGGAACAGCAAUUGGUAUUGAUCUUGGCACAACAUACUCGUGUGUUGGUGUCUUUCAACAUGGAAAAGUUGAGAUCAUAGCCAAUGAGAUGGGAAAUAGAACAACACCAAGUUAUGUUGCAUUCACAGACUCGGAACGAUUAAUUGGUGAUGCAGCUAAAAAUCAGGUUGCAAUGAAUCCACAAAAUACAGUAUUUGAUGCAAAACGAUUAAUUGGACGUAAAUUUGAUGAUGAAAAGAUUCAAGCUGAUAUGAAACAUUGGCCAUUUAAAGUCUAUAAUGAUUGUGGAAAGCCAAAGAUCCAAGUUGAAUUUAAAGGAGAACAAAAGAGAUUUGCACCAGAAGAAAUCAGUUCAAUGGUCUUGACAAAGAUGAAAGAGACUGCUGAAGCAUAUUUAGGACAAAAAGUCACAGAUGCAGUUGUAACUGUACCAGCUUAUUUCAAUGACUCACAACGUCAAGCAACAAAAGAUGCAGGUGCUAUUGCCGGUCUGAAUGUCUUGAGAAUUAUCAAUGAACCAACUGCAGCAGCAUUAGCUUAUGGUCUUGAUAAGAAUCUUAAAGGAGAACGAAAUGUUUUAAUUUUUGAUCUUGGUGGUGGAACUUUUGAUGUCUCAAUCUUAACAAUUGAUGAAGGUUCAUUAUUUGAAGUCAGAUCAACAGCUGGUGAUACCCAUUUGGGUGGUGAAGACUUUGACAAUAGAUUAGUAAAUCAUUUCAUUGAAGAAUUUAAGCGUAAACAUAAAGCAGACUUGAGCAAGAAUAUUCGUGCAUUAAGAAGAUUAAGAACAGCAUGUGAACGAGCAAAGAGAACAUUGUCAUCAUCUACAGAAGCUUCAAUUGAAAUUGAUGCAUUACAUGAAGGAGUUGAUUUCUAUUCAAAGAUCACAAGAGCAAGAUUUGAAGAAAUGAAUAUGGAUUUAUUUAGAUCAACACUUGAACCAGUUGAACGUGCAUUAAGAGAUGCAAAAUUUGACAAGAGUCAAAUUCAUGAUGUUGUUCUUGUUGGUGGAUCAACUCGAAUUCCAAAGAUUCAGAAAAUGCUACAAGAUUUCUUCUCUGGCAAAAGCUUGAACUUUUCAAUUAAUCCAGAUGAAGCAGUUGCAUAUGGAGCGGCAGUUCAAGCAGCUAUUCUAACUGGUGAUAGUAGCUCAACAAUCCAAGAUGUUUUACUUGUUGAUGUGACACCAUUAUCAUUGGGAAUUGAAACAGCUGGUGGAGUCAUGACAAAACUUAUUGAAAGAAAUGCUCGAAUUCCAUGCAAGCAACAGAAAACAUUUACAACAUAUUCAGAUAAUCAGCCUGCAGUUACAAUUCAAGUAUUUGAAGGAGAACGAGCAAUGACAAAAGAUAAUAAUUUAUUAGGAACAUUUAAUUUGACUGGAAUUGCACCAGCACCAAGAGGAAUUCCACAAAUUGAAGUCACAUUUGAUCUUGAUGCUAAUGGCAUCUUGAAUGUAUCAGCCAAAGAUAGUUCAACUGGAAAACAAGAGACAAUUACAAUCAAGAAUGAUAAAGGACGUCUAUCAAAGGCUGAAAUCGAUCGAAUGCUUUCUGAGGCUGAAAAAUAUCGUGACGAAGAUGAAAAGCAUCAGCAACGAAUUCAAGCAAGAAAUCAACUUGAAAGUUACAUCUUUGGAUGUAAACAAGCAGUUGAAGAUGCUCCAGCUGGCAAAUUGAGUGAAGAUAACAAGAAGGUCGUUCGUGAUAAGUGUACAUCUGAAUUAUCAUGGCUUGAUUCCAACACACUUGCUGAAAAGGAAGAAUUUGAAGAUCAUUUGAAGGAUGUACAGCGAGUUUGUAGUCCAAUAAUGGCUAAAAUGUAUGGCGGAGCUGGUGCACAAAAAGCUGGUGGAUGUGGUGCACAAAGUGGACAGAGAGCAUAUUCAGGUCCAACAGUUGAGGAAGUCGAUUAAAUAAGUCAAAUUAUAAGAGAUACCAAAUAUGUCGUUUAUGCUUUAAAGAUACUCAAUUCGUUAAUCAUAUUGGAUGUUUGAUGAAUAAUUUUAAAAUUAAUAUAGAUAUUUAUUAAAGAAUGAUUUUUGUCAUAUUGCAGCUUAUUGCUUCCUUAAGUUUAAGAGAGAAAAGUGAUGCAUUUAAGUUUAAAUAGAAACUUUUAAGACUAAUUUGCAACCUAGUUUCUUUGUUGAUUGUUUAAUGUAAAUCAAUAAAUUUUAAGUAGAAUAAAAAUAAUUGGUUUUGUUGGAAAUGAA